AUGAGUGAAUCCGCGCCACCUGAUUCAAACGCGGAAACACAAAAUGCUGAGCAAUCAACAGAACCUUUACAAACCAACGUUCAUGAAGCAAUUGCCGAAAAAUUAUUACCAAAUCUCGAAAAGCAAGUUGAAACUAGUCAAAAUCCCGAACAACCACAAGAUAGCGAGCAAAACUCUGCAGAACCUCCAGUUGAAGAAGUAAAAGAUGCAAUUUUGGGCAAAUUUAAUAUUAACGAACAACAAACCUCACGACAAAACGAAUCAAAUCAAGAAACAAGCAAUAACCAACCUCAAGAAAAUCAAAAUACAGAACAAAAUCAAGAAGAAAACGCAGAAGAUUCGAAUCAAACACAAAUUUCUUCAAAAUAUGAAGAAAAUGAUGACUCAGAUGACGACGAUGAAGACGAGUACCAUAUCAAGCCGGAUUUAUCUACAAAACCUGGCGAAAUUUCUGUUAAUAACUUUGAUAAAAACAAACCAACGACAUUUACAGAUCACGGCACAGUAGUUGCCUUAAAAAACUUGGGUAUUGAUCCUUCAGAACUUUUUAUGCCCUCAAAUGAAGAAAUUCAAAAAUAUGCUAACGAUGAAGAUUUUAAACAAGUUUUUAUCCAACACCAUGAAGAAAGAAUCGAGCGUUUAUGCAAGCUCAUCAGACGCGAGCGAUACAGAGUCUUAGAUAGAGAAGCAAACUCAGGAACUAAAUCCAAAUCUUCAAUGUCAUACUCCAACAGGGCAGGAGCCGUUGAAAUGGAGGAAGCUCAAAUAGAAAAGCUUAAAAUUCGCCAGAAGAAAGAAGUACAAAAGAUGAUUGAAGAUGUCCUCGCAUUUGACAAACUACAGAAACAAAUGGACGAAGCGGAGAAGAAUGAAACCGAAAGGAGGAAGGCAAAAGAAGAGGAAAGAAAGAAGAAAGCUCAAGAGCAGCACGAACGCCACAUUCAGAAACUGAAAGAAAGGGAAUUGUUGGAGCAAAAGAAUCAAAAAGAAGAAGAUGAGAAGAGAAAAAUCCAGUUUGAGAAGGAGAAGAAAGCAUUAGAGCAGCAAAAGAAGAUUGCAGAAGAGAAAAUUGCUCAAGCGAAAGAACUGGAAAAGCAAAGAGUAGAAAGAGCAGAACAGAAUCGCCAAAAGUUGCAGAAAAUUGAAGAAAAAAGAGCGAAGAAACUCGAAGAGCAGGAGAAGAAAGUUCAAGAAAGAGAGCAAAGGAGAUUAAAAGCAAUACAAGAAGAGAAUGAAAAGCAGAAACAAGAGAAAGAAGAGCAAUCACAAAAAAGACAAGAACAACUGAAAAAAGUCAAAGAAAAUGAACAAAAUUUCUUGGAUCAGAAAAGGAAGCAAGCUGAAGAAAAAGAGAAACAGGACGAGCAAAGGGCAAUUGAAAUCAAAAAGAAGAACCAAGAGAAGCUCCAAAAUUUUGCAAAAGAACAAGACGAAAGAAUCAAAAGAAACCAAGAGAUCAGACAAAAACUGAUCGAACAACAAGAGAAGAAACUCAAAGCAACAGCAACAUCGGACGAAGAGAUAGAGAAACGUCUAAAGAAUAUAGAGAAGAUGAAAGAAGAAAGAGCAAACAACGCGAGACUGUCGAGAAGUGACGGCGCAAUCAGAUCUCUGAAGAAACAGGAAGAGCUCAAAAAAUCAAUCUUGCAGAGACAACAAAAAAUGGAUGACGAACAGAAAAGAAGCGAACAAAAGUUGCAACAGGCCAAAGAAGAGAAAGAAAGACAACAGAGGCUGAGGGCUCUCAAGUUCAAACUCAGACAAGAAGAGCUGAUGAAGAAUCAAACACAUUUGCAGAGACAGCAACAAAUGAGAAAUGAAAAAGUUCAGCAACAGAUGGAGGCAGAAGCAAACAGAUUAAAGAAAUUGGAACAGGAGAAACUCGCUUUGUCCAGAGAAAGAAGCACAAGAAUACAGAAAUUACAGAUUCAAAAGCAACAACUGCAGGAAGAUUUCGAAUCAUUUAGUGUCAAAGGAAAAGUCGAUACUUCUACGAUCACUAAAUUGGCGAAGAAGUAUGAUAUUGAUUUGGAUCAGAUUAAGGCAAAAUAUAAAGAUACUUUGGAGGAACCAAAGAAACUUCCAAAAUUGAAGAAGUCAAAAGAUGAAGACGAGGCUUGA